GUUGAUAAUAGCUGCACAAAAAGAGCUAACAGCAGCCUCUUUAAAUGAAUAUUUUUUUAAGUGCACAUAUACUCAAUGUCUAUACUUGGUGCAGAGGUCUCAAAUGGGAUUGAAUAAUGGUACCAUUUGAGUCUGAGCUCCAUGUUCAUCACUCCACGGACGUAUCGUGCUUCGCAAAAACCAGACCAAGGUUUUGUCUCUAUCAACGGCACAAGUGAUCUUGAAUAUCAUACAAUUCGAGGGUGGCAUGCUGCUGGCCGGGUUCGGAAUUGCGCUACUAAGAUGCUCUUGAUUCAUCAGGCUGGCAGUGUCCGUGUGGGCGAGGUAGUCCGAUACACGUUAACCUAUACACCGACGGCAGAUAAUAUCCGCCCACCGCCAGGAAGAUUAUAUGUGAAGAUCAAGAAUACCACCCCCAUCCCCUUGCGUGCCGCGUAUCUUCAUGGUCCAUACUCUCUCUAUGCCUCGUGUUACCCAUCCACUUUCAAUCCUAAGGUCAAGGCUGUUGAUCAAGAUCCUGAAGCAAGCCCACAGUAUGAACCCUAUCUCAAAGCUGGAGGUACUUGGCACGCGUCUGUAACCCUGGCGCAUCAUUUGCAAGAGACACGGGGUGAAUCAAAUAGAACAGAGGUGUCGGACGACAGCGGGAGUGUUACGUGGAUCAUCGAGAUCAUUUCACAGGUGGUGUUCUCCAGCACCGCAUCCGUAAGCUUUGAGCUUCUAGUUGGUCGCGAUGCAGCGUCGGUAGAUCUGUUGUCUGCGGGUAGCAUGUCCUUGGCUGGGAUGUCAAAACCUGCCCAAUUGAAGGAACACUGGUCACCGGAGUCCAAGGGUUCGCAAGUGUUGGCUCAAAAGGGAGUUUACUCCCGAGCAGUCACCCUACAAGUGGAUGAUACAGCUAGUCUUUGGAACACACCGCAGCUUCACUUGUCUAGCCGUGAGAAAGAAAAGGAGGAGAAAGUUGAGCUCACCAGGGAUGCGGUCGCCGAUGGUCACGGAGAACCAAGUCUGCCUGAUCUCACAUCAACGGCUUCCUUCAAUGAGAACCCCAAAAGGCGGAUUCAUCUUGUUGUGUUGACCCAUGGUCUACAUAGUAAUCUAGGAGCAGAUAUGCUUUUCCUCAAAGAAAGUAUCGACGCUUCCGUCAGAACUGCAAAGCAAAAAUCAGAAGGUCGUUGCCCAAGUUGUGAAGCAAGUCCGUCCACUGGACGGUCCUCGCCAGAGUUGGUCGAUGGGCACCGCGCUUCUACUAACUGUAGUAAACGAGUUAGCGGCGUCGAAGACGAGCAAGUCAUAGUAAGAGGCUUUGCUGGAAAUGCAGUGCGUACGGAGCGUGGCAUACAAUACCUUGGCAAGCGUCUGGCAAAGUACAUCCUGCAAAUGGCGCAUCUGGAUCCUCCAAAUUGUACAACAAAACCAGGAUCUCAUACUGGGCUGUUCUCUAAUCGGAAACGGCCCGCGGAGCAAAGCUCAGAUCCUUUCCAACCGCGUUGUACCAAGUCAGAGCUUUCGGUCUGUGAAGCUUGCGCUUAUCGGAUAACUAGUAUCAGCUUCAUAGGGCAUUCGCUUGGUGGCCUUGUCCAAACAUAUGCCAUUGCAUAUAUUCACAAGCACUUCCCCGCAUUCUUCAACGAGAUCAGACCGAUCAACUUUGUGACCCUAGCGACGCCUUUCCUUGGUCUUAGCAAUGAGAACCCAAUAUAUGUUCGUUUCGCCUUGGAUUUAGGUCUUGUCGGUCGGACUGGGCAGGACCUCGGUCUUAGCUGGACAGCACCCAGAGCGAGAAGUGGCUGGGAAGCUCUAGUUGGUGGAAGAGGGAAUUCUAAUCAGUCGCAAGGUUACGCAGACGCUCGGUCCAAACCACUUUUGCGUAUACUUCCCUGUGGACCUGCGCACGAGGCGCUCUCGAAAUUCCAACGCCGCACACUUUACUCUAACGUGGUCAACGAUGGAAUAGUACCUUUACGGACGUCGUGCCUGCUUUUCCUCGACUGGAGAGGUCUUGAUAGGGUCGAGAAGGCACGAAGAGAGAAUGGUCUUGUGGGCACCAUGGCUGAAUGGGGAUGGGCAGAGUUGACCGGAGCUAAUUCGAAGUCCCCACGGUCUCGUUUAAACGCUGAAGCGUUGGCUGAUGGCGAGGCCUUUCGGAACAUGAAGACAACAUCGCAAGUGCAAGGUGUUUCUUCACCAGGGAAUAAUGGCGUCAUGCGCAAUGAAUCAGUCUUGCCGCCGACCAGUCAGCCUUCAAUCAUACAUCCAUGCCCUGGUCCCUUUGAUACGGUCGCCGAUCCUAAUGAAGGCGAGGCUCUAGCUGAGCCGCAGUCGUCUAGCCCUUUAGCCAAGUUAUUCUCUUUCAUCCGCCCGAAGGAGGCAGAGAGUCCAUCUGCCGCACAAAGGCACAGUAAAAUAUACAAGCGGAGCCAGACAAUCGCAACGCCUGGCGAAGUCACGCGCAACCAUACGUCUCCCAUUUCACAUGUUCGUGAGACGCUUGCUGGGCGUCAACCCCACGAACAUGGGCCUUUUGCUCCUCCUAAGACAACUUUCUUUGAGUCAGCAAGUGAUCUGCUUAUGCCUCCUCUACCCCCACCUGAAUUUAUCGUCGAUCCUGCGGCUAGACCCAAGACAAUCUUUCACGAUCGCAUAUACUUUCCCGAUGAUAUACCACCACCAACGGCUGCCAAACGACGUACCUUCACCCUGGGCCCUUCACAGAAAAGACCCACAUAUCCCGCACCUCCUCCUUCGGAAGGACCUACACUUCGAGAGCAUGGCGAAUCCCAGAGUGGUCUGCGAGUUGAGGAAAAAAUAGCCAGGGCUUAUCACCGAGAUCUGUCUUGGCGUAAGGUCCUUGUACGCCUUGAGCCCGAUGCGCACAACAAUAUCAUUGUGCGAAGAAUGUUCACAAAUGCGCAUGGAUGGCCGGUCGUACAGCACCUUGUUGAUUCUCACUUUGGACAUAUGGAAACACCUCCACAAAGUGAGUCAAGUAAAGCGAACCUUGCUGGUCAUCACAAUCAAGGCUGGGAUGAAGAGAUCCCCGUGCUUGGGUCUCAAAGAUGCUAGUCCGCAUCAUAACACCAACUGCAUGGACCGGUCGAAGUUAAUAAUUCCAUAUUCUGGCGCAUAUCGGGUGAGACCUUCAUAUUCUGGGAUCAAAACUUGGGUGCUUAACCCAAGGGUGUGUCCGGAAGGUGUAAAUUUCUCCCAAUCACAAAACUUGGGCUACAUCAUUACCGAUUGAAUUUAUAGAUGCUUUUACGCCUGUUGGGUAUGCUCACUUAUAUAGUAGCAUGUACUUCAACAUGGAGGUCUGACAUGCAAAUGGAGGUAAUAGGCGCAAAGGAUUACUAGCCUGUAUCAUCAAUUCCUCACUGUGCCACGUCCAAUUUUGAGUCGUCAAGACUAUGUUGAUAAGCUUGCCAGGCAAAUCUGGU